GGAAAGACCUAUUCUAUAUAUACGCCUAAUAGAGAGGUGUAUUAUAUUGGGUGGAAAGAUCAAGCCUUUGUUUUAAUAAUGUCUUCCUUUAUAUUAGGUGAUAAGCGAGUUAAGAGGCUAAGGAAAAGGCCUAAGGAGACUUCUUCUAAAGCAAAGACUAUACGAAAGCCCUUUAGUAAAGAGCCUGUCAAAGUACUCUCGAUUCCUAUAAUUACGGACGGAUAUAAUUAUUAUAUAGGAGUAGUUAACGAGUUUGAUUACUUGACUGCUCAGAAUUCUGGUUUAUGGUACGUAGAACGUAGAGGGUACCAAGUACUUGAGUACUGGCUACUU